AUGAUCCAACUCGUGAUAUUCGCACUAGCCACCUUGACUGGACUGGGAGAUGCACUGCCUGUGAAUGAAGGCAGUCCCGUCUUGGUCCAGGUAGCCACCGAUUAUUCUGCCACCGUGACGGCAACUGCAGUUUCCACCAGCACCAUCCUGACUAGCUCCACUCCAUCGAUCACCACAGCUACGUCUCAAUGCACAGCACUCAACAAUCAAAAGGUUCAGCAUUGGUGA